CGCUUUAACUGUAAAUAAGCGUACGGUAGUGGCAAAAUGUUUUAAGGGGAAAAGAUAUUACGGAAGGUGGCGAUACUGUGUAAUAGACUCCGCUGGAUUGCCAAGAUUUAAAAACGGUAAGCUUCUAUAUUCCUCAGGGCGCCGGUGGGGCUCCUUGGUUUAGUAAUAACGUGCUACCAGGGGAACCGGAGAAAAACGGAAGGAAAAUGGUGAAUAAAACAUCCUCCCUGAAUGACUGGUGCAAGUACCGUAAUGACAACUACGGUUCUUUCAGCGAACAUGAUCACGGAAUGGCAUUCACUAUGCGUGAAAUAGUUACAACUCAGACCGAUACCGCUGUUGCCGGAGUGGCGAGAACUGGCGCCAUAUGCUCCAGGUCUAGUUCCUGCUCUAUCGUUGAAUCUUUCGGAGGCUUUAAUUCGUUCAUCACCGCUUCCCAUGAACUGGGUCACAAUCUUGGAGCUUACCAUGACGGUUCGGCUGGAACUUCUGGGGGAACGUCUUAUGACAAUAGGGCUUGUUCCGCCGGCGAUGGGUUCAUUAUGGCGCCAUCAUCUGGCAGCUCGGAUCCGUCAAAAGGCUAUUAUUUCUCCACUUGUUCCGUUGCAAAUUUCAAAGUAGGAUUGGCUGAAGCGUGUUGCCUCGUUGACGAAGGCCACUAUGAAAAUUCUGAAGAAUUUGCAUCACACACACAGCAUCUUCCUGGGCAACUGUACACCGCUAAUCAGCAGUGCCAGAUGUUAUAUGGUUCGAGUUCAUCGAUGUGUAGGACAUUUGGAUCUUCAAACUACUGUCAGUACCUGAGCUGUAGCCAGACGUCUGGCGGAUGUACGCACGGGUUUAAACCGCCGGCAGAUGGCACUGACUGCGACACAAAUAAGUGGUGCAUCCAGGGCUCAUGUGUUGACAAAAGUGCCGCCCUGCCACAGUCCCACGGCGACAGCGGUGAGACAACCUCGUGGUGCCCAUAUGGGUGGCCCGGUGAUCUGUGCACUGAUGGGGACGCUUCGUCUAUUAACGUCGGCCAGGGAUGGGAAACAUGCAAAACAGCCAUCACCCGAGAUGGCGACACUUUGUGCGCCAACGCUCAAAUCAAGGCUUCCGGUUUCUGUUGCAUCCAGUGUUACUAUCAUGAGCAAUCUAAAUUGACAGGUACUUGGAAUGAUUGGGGCCAGUGGAGCGGAUGCAGCGCCACGUGCGGGGGAGGUACACGCACGCGCACCCGUACAUGUCCAACUGGUCAAAAUUGCGCCGGUGACAGUUCACAGACUGAAGGAUGCAAUGCAAACGCUUGUGGAACCUGGUCUGACUGGUCUGCCUGGACCACGUGCACUGUCACGUGUGCUGGCGGAAGUCAGACAAGAUCAAGAACAUGUAAUGGCGGAAGUGACUGUCCUGGAAGCGCUACCGAAUCUCAGGACUGUAACACCGGUGCUUGCCCUGCUACCCCAACUUGGACCCAGUGGGGUGCCUGGACCUCGUGUUCAGUUUCAUGUGGUGGAGGAACCCAAACUAGAACGAGGACAUGUAACGGAGGGAGCUCAUGUGUUGGCGACAGCUCAGAAUCCCAGGACUGCAACACCAACGAUUGUACAACCCCAACUUGGACCCAGUGGGGUGCCUGGACCUCGUGUUCAGUUUCAUGUGGUGGAGGAACCCAAACUAGAACGAGGACAUGUGACGGAGGGAGCUCAUGUGUUGGCGACAGCUCAGAAUCCCAGGACUGCAACACCAACGAUUGUACAACCUCCGCUUGGGGAGAGUGGGGUUCCUGGUCCACGUGCACAGUCACGUGCGGUGGUGGAACUCAGACAAGAACGAGAACUUGCGAAGGAGAUGGCUCGACCUGUCCGGGGGUGAGCUCUGAGACUAACAGCUGUGGUGGAGGUGAUUGCCCGGGUACAUGGACGCAGUGGGGCUCGUGGUCAACAUGCAGCGCCACCUGUGGUGGAGGAACAACAACAAGGACGCGCACCUGCGAAAAUGGCGUCUGUGACGGAGUUGACAGCGAGUCUGAAGCAUGCAAUACCGCUGCUUGUAAUGAUGGCGCUGUUGACGGCAAUUGGAGUGACUGGAGUUCCUGGUCAGACUGCAGCGCCACCUGUGGAUCUGGACUCAAGACGAGAGAAAAACUGUGUAACAACCCGGCACCUUCAAAUGGUGGUUCUUACUGCUGCUACAACGGAGUGUGUCAGUACAACCGGCUGACCGGCAGGACUUCGUGUGAUGCUGGUCCUUGUGGCAAUGCUGUUGACGGCAAUUGGGGCUCAUGGCAGGCCUGGAGCACGUGUGACUCAAGCUGCAGGAGAACCCGCGUCAAGUACUGUGACGACCCCGCCCCCAGCAAUGGCGGACAGGGUUGUUACUAUAACAACCAGUGUUGUUACACGCGUCUGCGACAAGGAGGGAGUUGCACUGGAGGAUCCUGUGGCUCGACUAGUAACUGUACUGAUACUCGCAGUUGGUGCAGAGCAUACGCUCGGUACUGUAAUUACAGAUAUAUUCGCAGUCGCUGCUGUGCAACAUGCUCUAAUAGAGGUUGACGAGCUGGCAAAUAAUUCGUUACCAAAAAGGCGCUUACAACCAAUUCAGGACGCUGCACAUGAUAGAUGUCGUAUUACGCUGUCCGAAGAAAACGAGCAAAUAUAAUACUAUAUACCGUAUCUAAAAAAGAACAUUAAGUGUACACUGGACCGAAGUAAUGCAAUAUUUUUCUUUAUAUAAGUUGGUAAACUUUAAACUUUUCAUGUUUAUAUCAAGAUAAGAGUAGAAUAUAAAUGCCUUAGCGUGAACCGAUAUUUUGCUACGCAACGACUGUACAGUCGGAUUUAAUACUUUCAUUGUAUGUCUAAAUCUCUGUCAAAUGAGAUUUCGAAUGUGUAUAAACACUCCAUAUACAGCAAUUAGAAAUAUACG